AUGGCUCUGCUCCGCGCGUCUCUCCUGCCUCUGGCGCUUCUGCCGGCAGUCCUCGCCGCUCCCGCCGAUCCACCUCACGCGGUCGUCGAUCCCUCACACCCAAUGAUCACUCCUCCACCUACCCGCGUCCGCCGCAGCCCCGACCUCACCGAUGACAUCGGUAGCUAUGUCCACAGCGUUCUCGGCGGCCUGGGCAGUGAUGUCGCUUCGUUCGUCGCCUCUGGUGUCCCCAACUUCUUCCAAAACUUCCCGACCGGCAGCGCGGUCCUUAGCUCCCUGGGGAUCAGCGACGGUGAUCUCAAGGCACAGCCCACCCAAGUCCUGAAUGUCCCGGCGUACGGCAAUUGGACCGACGAGGGCUGGAACGUCCGCAUCCACGGCAACGUAUUCAAGCAGCCCAACAUCAGCCAAUCCAAGGUCGACGACCUGGCCAACAUUUUCCUAAUCGACGUCGACGUCGAUCAGCUGCCCGCGGAUCAAGCAGCACAAGCGCGCAAUGUCACCAAGUCCAUCUUCGUCGUCCAGCAGGGCGACCAGAAUGUCACCAUGGACUUUGUCAACGACGUGGCGGUACGCCCUGGCGCGAGCGGAGGUGCAGUCAAUGCGCGCGGCGGCGCCCAGAGGGUCAACCUGCCGUACCUGACGACCUCGGAAGGCGACUUUGACGCGUUUGUGAAACUGCAGAACACCACGGGCAGCGGCGGCGGACAUUUGCUUCCGGGCAACCAGACGAGCUCCAUCCAGACGCUCAACAUGUACACCAAUGGCACGUUGACGGGUAACGCGACGGCGUACCUCGUGCCCACCGAGGGCAUCACGGUCUUGUCAGACAUUGACGACAUCUUGCGCAUUACCAAGAUCUACCAGCCCAAGGAAGGUCUCCUUAACUCUUUUGCCCGUCCGUUCACUCCCUGGGAAAACAUGCCGGAGAUCUACGCCAACUGGUCAGCGUCGAUCCCCGACUUCCACUUCCACUACCUGACUACCACGCCGGAGCAAGUGACGCGGAACUAUAUGGAGUUCAUCUACAAGACCUACCCCUUGGGCAGCUUCGAUACCCGUCCGCUGAACUUCUCCGAUGUGAGCGCGACUUUGUCGAUCCGUCGGUUCCUGCUCGACAAAAUCUUCCAGACGUUUCCGCAGCGCAAGUUCAUCCUGGUCGGUGACACCACAAACUCGGACGUGAUGAAGGCGUACCCGGCCAUGUUCAAGGACUACCCCAACCAGGUGCUUUGCAUCUUAUUGCGCAACACCAGCGCCACCGAUGACGGUGACAAGUUCCCGUACAACACGGAGGGAUUCAAGGACAUCCCGCAGAACAAUUACAUGUUCUUCAAGGUGCCCAAUGAUCUCACGAAUCUGGACGUCAGCAACGCACAGUGCUGGAACCAGACCAUCCCCCAGAACGUCACGUUCAAGACGCAAGGACUGCCGUUUGGACUGGGCAACGCUGCUGGAUCUCUCUCACCGCCGGCUACGUGGGCACUGGCUGUUGGCCUGCUGCUAUUGAGUGUUGCGGCUUUGGUAUAA